ACCUCCAUUACCACCCAUGACAAACCCAUGAAGAUUUUGAGGUCGGUAGGAGGAAUUUUUGCCACAAACAAAGGUUAAGAUAAAGAAAAUUCACCGAUAAUCUUUUGGCCAAAUAUGAGAGUGCUUCUUCACCGGCGGGCAUUUUUCCGGCAAGACCACAAAGAUGGAAAAGAUUACUGGCCUGUCAAUAUAUACGCACUGCUUUGAAAAGUCAACAGGCAAUAUUGUUCAAUGUUGACAGUUUCAACCAUUAACAAUUUAGCUUAUUGUCUCCCCUCAUCGCAUCUUUUCGACAAGCCUGCCGGAGAAGAAGAAGAAGAUUAAUGGCAUGUCACCUUUGGGAUUAAUCGUAAUUAGUAGUCCUGAUAUUUUUUUACCCAAUUAGAAAAAACUCACUCUUUUUCUAAUUUCAUUGUCACGAACUUAAACAAUUCUUGAUGGGUUUUGAAAGCUUUCGGCUUGGUAGGCUAUGGCGUUAGAGAAGCACAAGAAGUGAUGUUGAAAAAAGAAGAAAGAGAAAAGUAAAAAAAAAGGAAAAAGGAAUUAAAAUAAUUUAUUGGGUAGUGAAUUUACAAAAAUGCUGACAUGUAUUAUUACGUGGCAAUUUAUUUGAGAGUCCUGGGUAUCACAGUGUCAAAACGUUAGGAUUAAUGGAUUUGAACGAAAAGUGUAACUGUGAGAACUAUAUACAAUAAAAGGACAAAUUCGGACCUUUUCCCUUCGUAAAUUGACCCAUACGAUUGGAGAACAAAGGAAUAUCCAUUCGGGAAAGACACAAGAAAAUCCAUUAAGUCAAACGGUAAACCGGAAAAACCAACAGGGCCGUCGCCAUUGUCACCUGAUCUUUGUCUAAAUUUAGCGUCUAAGUGUAGUGAGUAAAAUCUUUUUCAUCUCUCUCGUCAACGCUAUCAUCAUCAUUCAACUCCUUUUCUUUCUCUCUCUGUGAAAGUAUAUUACGCCUUUCUUCAUUUCCGCAUAUUCUGUCUGCAAAAGAAUUAUCAGAUUUUCUGCAAUCAAAUCUCAAAAGCCUCAAAAAGUUACAGACAGAGAGAGAAAGGGAAGGAAAAAGAAAAACAUUGCAGCCCAUUAACUACAAUUAUUAUUCCCUCCCUUUCUCUCUCUCUCUCUCUGUCUUUUAUAUUUGCCAGCUCGUCUUCUCUUCUCUGUUGUACCCUUUUCUUUAUUCUCUCUCUAUCAACACGUUCACAAAGAUGUCCUGAGUGGGGCCGACAAUUGGUACCUUCAAGAAUAAGUUUUAUGAGGACAAGUUGGGAACUGGAACUAUAUCAUGGCUUCAGAUGUUUCCUAUAGUGAAGAUUCACUUCUGUAUACACACACACAUGAAGAUGAUAUUUGGUGUGCUGGCUAUUUAAUGAAGCCCUGAAUUUGUUGCUGUUGGUGUUCAGAACUUAGGAGCUCAACAAUCUAGAUUCUUUUUCUUCCUCAAAAGAAGCUGUAACAGGAAAGAUUUUGCAUCAUGUCUAUCUCUGUUAAAGCCUUAGAACCUGCAUUUCAGGGUGCGGGUCAGAGAAUAGGGACCGAAAUUUGGAGAAUUGAGGAUUUCCAACCAGUUCCAUUGCCGAAGUCUGAAUAUGGUAAAUUCUACUCGGGUGAUUCUUACAUCGUCUUGCAGACAACUUCAGGCAAGGGAGGUUCUUAUAUGUAUGAUAUACACUUCUGGCUUGGAAAGGAUACUAGUCAGGAUGAAGCUGGAACUGCAGCUAUCAAAACUGUUGAGCUUGAUGCGAUUCUUGGAGGGCGAGCAGUACAGCAUAGGGAAAUCCAAGGUCAUGAAUCUGACAAAUUUUUAUCAUACUUUAAGCCAUGCAUUAUACCACUGGAAGGUGGUAUUGCGUCUGGAUUCAAGAAACCAGAAGAGGAAGAAUUUGAAACAAGGUUGUAUAUCUGCAAGGGUAAACGUGUUGUCAGGAUGAAGCAGGUCCCAUUUUCCCGGUCCUCUCUAAAUCAUGAUGAUGUGUUCAUUCUGGACUCUAAAGACAAGAUAUAUCAGUUCAAUGGUGCAAAUUCUAGCAUCCAGGAGAGGGCCAAAGCACUAGAAGUUAUUCAGUUCUUGAAGGACAAGUAUCAUGAGGGGACGUGUGAUGUUGCAAUUGUUGAUGAUGGAAAUUUACAAGCUGAGUCGGAUUCCGGUUCGUUCUGGGUGCUCUUUGGUGGCUUUGCUCCAAUUGGCAAAAAGGUUGCUAGUGAAGAUGAUAUUGUGCCCGAGAAGACACCUGCAAAACUUUAUAGCAUUACUGAUGGUCAAGUCAGUCCCGUGGAUGGUGAACUUUCAAAAUCUAGCUUAGAGAACAAUAAAUGCUAUCUUUUGGAUUGUGGUGCUGAGGUAUUUAUUUGGGUUGUCCGUGUAACUCAAUUGGAAGAGAGGAAAGCUGCCAUUCAAGCUGCAGAGGAGUAUCUUACCAGUCAAAAUAGACCGAAGUCAACACAUGUAACCCGACUUAUUCAAGGCUAUGAAACACACUCAUUCAAGUCCAACUUUGACUCUUGGCCUUCAGGGUCUGUACCAGCCGCUGAGGAGGGAAGAGGAAAAGUAGCAGCUUUGCUGAAGCAACAAGGGGUUGGUGUUAAAGGUGGUAGCAAAAAUACUCCUGUAAAUGAGGAAGUCCCUCCGUUGCUUAAAGUGGGUGGAAAAAUAGAGGUCUGGCGUAUCAAUGGCAGUGCAAAGACCCCUGUGCCCGGAGAUGAUAUUGGUAAAUUUUACAGUGGAGAUUGCUAUAUAGUUCUUUACACAUACCACUGUAAUGACAGGAAAGAAGAUUAUUAUCUAUGCUGGUGGAUUGGAAAGGAUAGCGUUGAGGAGGACCAAAACAUGGCUGCUAAAUUGGCCAGUACAAUGUGCAAUUCACUUAAAGCGAGACCAGUGCUGGGUCGCGUAUAUCAAGGGAAAGAACCACCACAAUUUGUUGCAAUCUUCCAGCCCAUGUUGGUCCUUAAGGGUGGAUUAAGCUCUGGUUAUAAAAGUUAUAUUGCAGACAAGGGCCUGAAUGAUGAAACUUACACUGCUGAUUCUGUGGCACUGAUUCGAUUAUCUGGAACUUCUGUGCAUAACAACAAAGCAGUUCAAGUCGAUGCUGUGGCAACUUCACUGAACUCUAAUGAGUGUUUUCUUCUGCAAUCUGGCUCUUCAGUAUUUAGUUGGCAUGGAAAUCAGAGUAGCUAUGAGCAGCAGCAAUUAGCAGCAAAAGUUGCAGAAUUCAUGAAGCCAGGAGUAACUGUGAAACACGCUAAAGAAGGAACAGAGAGCUCAACUUUCUGGUUUGCUCUUGGCGGAAAACAAAGUUACACCAGCAAGAAAGUAGCUUCAGAGGUCGCCAGAGAUCCCCACUUGUUUGCUUAUUCAAUUAAUAAAGGAAAAUUUGAGAUUGAGGAAAUCUACAACUUCUCUCAAGAUGAUUUAUUGACUGAGGAUGUUUUAUUACUUGAUACACAUGCCGAAGUGUUUGUUUGGGUUGGUCAGUCAUCAGAUCCCAAAGAAAAGCAAAGUUCUUUUGAAGUUGGACAGAAAUACAUCGAGAUGGCUGCAUCUUUAGAAGGGUUGUCUCCUAAUGUUCCACUGUAUAAAGUCACGGAAGGAAAUGAGCCUUGCUUCUUCACAACAUUUUUCUCCUGGGAUCCUGCUAAAGCUAUUGCACAUGGAAACUCGUUCCAAAAGAAGGUUAUGCUACUCUUUGGGGUCGGUCAUGCUUCAGAGAAUCAGCAAAGGUCCAAUGGGACAAAUCAAGGUGGAGCAACCCAAAGAGCUUCAGCUUUGGCUGCUUUGAACUCUGCAUUUAGUUCAUCAUCUCCAGCAAAAUCCAGUUCUGCGCCAAGGUAUGCAGGGAAAAGUCCGGGUUCACAAAGAGCAGCUGCAAUAGCUGCUUUAUCUUCUGCUCUUAGUGCCGAAAAGAAGCAGCCACCUGAGGGCGGCUCUCCUCUCCGAUUAAGUAGAACUUCAUCAGUAGAUGCUAUUGCCCCUGUGAAUGAAGUUUCUACUGUUGAGAUUGAAGAUUCUAAAGAAGUUCCAGAACACAAGGAGAUCGAAACAGCAGAGCCUGCAGAGACUGAUGGGGAGGACGUGGAACCGAAGCUUGAGCCAGAACAGGUUGAGACUGGCAACGAUAGUAACCAGACUACAUUUAGCUAUGAAAGACUGAAGGCUAAAUCUGAAAAUCCUGUCACUGGGAUUGAUUUUAAACAGAGAGAGGCUUAUCUUUCUGACGAGGAAUUCGAGUCAGUACUAGAAAUGACAAAAGAAGCUUUCUAUAAGUUGCCUAAAUGGAAGCAAGAUAUCCACAAAAAGAAAGUUGAUCUCUUCUAGAACCAAGAUAUCCACAAUCUAUGGGUACAUAUUGCUUUGAUUGGUACUUUCAUUUUGCUGUCUGCUUUUUCUCAGAACCAAGUUUUUGGUGUUGUGGUUUUUUUUCACUUUGUGAUGCCUGCUUGAAGAGUGAUAUUUUUUGAGUUCUCUCUUUUACUGUAGUUGAAAAUCAGCAGUCAGGUCAAUUCUUUGAUUUCCUAACACAUUAUGUAUUGAGGUCACUUUUGCCAAUCAUUUUUUUGUUAAUUAAAGGGUGUGUACAGACUUUAUAUUAUUUAUAACUGAUGCAGUAGCUAUCUGCUUCUGCUUUUGUUCAAGUUUCUUUUUUCUUACUUGUUUAGAUGAAUAGUUAUUUUUUCCAAUACUA